GCCUGCGAUCGCAUGGUUUAUGCCAACACUGACAGACAGUCAAGGAUUUUGUGUGGACUUUAAACAAAGUCAUAAAAUAUCAGAACAUGGAAAACAGUAACGACAUCAUCCCAUUCGUGAAGGACAUGCUGAAACAAAGGCCCAACCGCAACAUGAUGAAGAUCUACUUACUUGGUUCCACUCUGGCAAUGCUCGGAAUGGUUGGUGGAUUGGUGGAAAUGGUUUUCCUGCCCUCUUCAGACGAUCGUAUUGAGGAUGAGCAAGACAAGCUCCUCAUGGGAAAGAAGAAAGAAAGGAAGCAGCUGCUGAAAUCGCACUCUGCCUUGCUUCAUAUUGAUGCUGAAAACAUGCUGGGCACAGUAUUGUCAGAGACCAAGAUGAAACAUUUUGGGACUGCUGUGCAAAGAAGCUCCGCCAACCGCUUACACGCUUCUUAAAGAAAACUAAAGAAAACUGUGUAAAUGGACACAUAAAGUGUUGGUACUGGAGGUGAAUUUACAUAGUGUUUAACUGGUCCAUUUUUAUUCAAUAAUUUAUUUUGGAUUUGGUUGAAAUGUAAAUUUUUCUCCUGUUGAUGGCAAAACGAGUGAGAUAGGUGAUACACUGAUAACUGCAGGAUACAGUAUGGUCAGGCUGCUGGGCGGCAGAUGCUUUUGUAUGAGAUGUGAUGAAUGUGUGUGUGGUUAAAUUCAUUUUGCACUUCAAUAAAGAUGCUUCUGGUGGUAACAAAAAAAGUCCAUCAUGGUUUGGUUAUAAUCUGUGAUGACAGAUGAUUUAGAGAGAUGUGUCUAUCAUGACUAUAUUCCUCAUAAUAUUUCAGAAGAAGAAAACUAAACAGCAACAUACUUUUAAACUGACAUACAAUUUAAAACCUCAAAUUAGAUUUAGAUUUCAAUUUCAAACAAGAAGACAACAAAACACAUGUAUCAACAAUAAUGCCUGUUAUGAAGUAUUGAAAACUACUUUAUUGAAAUACUUAAUAAAACUAGCAAGAAGAUUACAAUAAAAAAUACCA